CAGCGUUCACAAAUUUCAACGAUUGUCUCACAAUACUCGGAUUUUCGGAAACCCUUAACGAAUCUCGAGAAAAUCAUGCGUAUAUGCUGAAUUCUUGAGAAAGAACAAAUUCUCUAUUGCAGUUGCUUGUCGACUUUUCUUCUUCUUCAAGGAAAUUUCCAUGAAGUUUGUUGACCGUGGACAGAUUCGCCUUAAAAUUUAGCGCCGGGCGAGAGUGAUACUGAAGAAGAAGAAGAAGAAGAAAAAGAAAGAAGGAAAAGAAAGAGGCGAGGGGGAUGGGGAUCCAGUUCGUCCUGCUGGUGAACAAGCAAGGGCAGACUCGGCUAGCCCAGUAUUAUGAGUACCUCACCCUAGAGGAGAGGAGGGUUCUCGAGGGAGAGAUCGUCAGGAAAUGCCUCACCCGCACCGACCAACAGUGUUCAUUUGUUGAGCACCGAAAUUAUAAAAUUGUAUACAAGCGCUAUGCAUCACUCUUCUUCAUGGUUGGAGUAGAUAAUGAUGAGAAUGAACUAGCAAUUCUAGAAUUUAUUCACCUACUUGUGGAAACUAUGGACCAGCACUUUGGGAAUGUUGUAAGUGUGAACUGGAUAUUAUGUUUCACUUGGAGAAGGCUCAUUUCAUGCUUGAAGAGAUGGUUAUGAAUGGCUGCAUUGUUGAGACUAGUAAAUCAAACAUUUUGGCACCAAUUCAACUGAUGGAUAAAGCUUCCUAGACAUUCCUUGUCAUUUGAUCAAACGAUCUUACAGUCUGUUGGAGUGUUACAUGGCAUCAAAGGCAUUGUGGAUAACCUGAUCGAAGUUUUUCGGCUCUUCUGAUUAUCUGAAUCUUCUCCUUUACAAUACCUUCUGUUGCAAUUAGUGACAAUUUGCACCGUGACCUGGAAAUAUAGUGCGAGGACGGAUGACUUUUUUGUCAUAUAUAAGAGAUCUUUACUGCAACUCAUA